AUGGCCAAUUCGGGCCUGCAGCUGCUGGGCUUUUCCAUGGCUCUACUGGGCUGGGUGGGCCUGGUGGCGUGCACCGCCAUCCCGCAGUGGCAGGUGAGCUCGUACGCCGGCGACAACAUCAUCACCGCCCAGGCCAUGUACAAGGGGCUGUGGAUGGACUGCGUCACGCAGAGCACGGGCAUGAUGAGCUGCAAAAUGUACGACUCGGUGCUCGCCCUGCCUGCGGCCUUGCAGGCCACCCGAGCCCUAAUGGUGGUCUCCCUGGUGCUGGGCUUCCUGGCCACGUUUGUGGCCACGAUGGGCAUGAAGUGUACAAACUGUGGGGGGGACGACAAAGUGAAGAAGGCCCGUACAGCCAUGGCCGGAGGCAUCAUUUUCAUCUUGGCAGGUCUUGCUGCCUUGAUAGCUUGCUCCUGGUAUGGCCACCAGAUUGUCACAGACUUUUACAACCCGUUGGUCCCCAUGAAUGUUAAGUAUGAGUUUGGUCCUGCCAUCUUCAUUGGUUGGGCAGGGUCCGCUCUGGUCCUCCUGGGAGGUGCACUGCUCUCUUGCUCCUGUCCUGGGAGUGAGAGCAAAGUUGGGUACCGUGCACCCCGCUCCUACCCUAAGCCCAACUCUGCCAAGGAGUACGUGUAAGCUGGGAAUGCCCUUA